AUGGCACCGAAAAAGAAAUCAAACGAUAGAGCCAUUCAGGCAAAAGGCUCAGAAGCUGAACAAUUAAUAGAAGAUUACUUGGUGUCACAAUAUAAACCAUUUUCUGUAAAUGAUAUAGUUCAGAAUUUGCACAAUAAAGUGACAAAAACAACAGCAACCAAAGCAUUAGAAAAUCUCGUUAACGAGAAACGCAUAGUGUCUAAAACCUUCGGAAAGAUUAUAAUUUACUCUUGUAAUGAACAAGAUACAGCAUUACCAAGCAAUAUUGAUCCUUCUCAGUUUGAUUUUGAAACUGUAUUGCAACUGAGAAAUGAUUUAAUAGAACUAGAGAGAGAUAAAUCAACGGCCAAAGACGCUCUUGACUCUGUAACUAAAGAACCUGAAAAUGAAGAUCUCCUAACAAUCAUUGAAAACGAAGAAAACGAGUUGAAAAAGAUUGAAUCAAAAUUACAAAGUCUACAGGAUGAUUGGGAUCCAGCAAAUGAUGAGAUUGUCAAGCGGAUAAUGUCUGAAGAUACGCUGCUACAAAAAGAAAUCACGAAGAGAUCAAAGAUUUGCAAAAACCUAAUUGCUACAAUAAAGGACUCAGUGUGCCCGAAAAAUAUGAAUGAAUUUUUGGAAGAAAUUGGAUUUGAGGACAUUUGA